AUGGCCACAGCCCAUGGGAGCACAACUCAUAUUUCAGCAGGACUGAUGGCACACUCAGCACCCAGAUCACCCAACGAGGUGCAGGAGUAUGAAAGGAUUCUCAAAAUUCGUGAUGAGAUAUUAUCUGGAAUACAUCCGCGCCUCAAGGUGCCUGAGCACGUUUUGCGGAAGCCGGGGACGCGACUUGGCCAAAACGAAAGCUGUAGCGGACACCCCCCCUCGAGACCCCUUCAGUCCCCCAUAACUCUCGGACUACUGGCAAUCCAUCCUUCCCUUCUUCAUAUGCCCCCCCCUACUAUCCGUACCGCAGCCAAACCUGCCUCGGAAAUAAAUCCUAUUCUCUUGACAAAGUCUGAUGAUCUAGUCCGGGCUGAACUUGGAUUACAGCGACAGAGGAUGGAGAGAUCGAUUCGAGAGCAACUCGAACUGCAGAAACGAGAACUAAAGCAAAAACCGUUGGCUCAAGACACUAAGCCUGAUUUUGAUGUCUCGGAGGUCUUGCAUAAGGGCCUGGAGAUCGUGAAACCUGUUUCGUUGUCCGAUCCCACCGAGAUAACAGAGCAGAACGACUCAUUUGAUGACAAUUCCUACUACUCCAGUAAAGCCCCAGACUCGCCGCCUAAUGUUGAUCAGCCCUCACCGUCCCCUGUCAGCCCCGCUGCUGCGCCAGCCCCGGCGUCAGCCCCGAACGCGGCUUUGAUGGAGAUUUACAAUGAAGUGGAGCAGAUGAAGAAAUCAAGUUUGUCGGAAAAAGAAAUAUUUGCGGCAAUGUACCGUCGAAUGAUGGAGUUGGGUAUGCGACCGGAAGCUGUGGACCAACCAGAAUCAGAACAGAGCAAGCACACUGAUCACGUUGCUGACUGUGGCUUGCCUGAAGCUCAGAAGCGCUCAAAUCCUAGCCAAGGCGAGGACUCUCACCAUCAAGAUGUGCAGCAGCAGAUCGAAGCCCCGGAAGAACCGGAGUACUCUCCACCCAUGUCGUUAGCACCCCCGAUCGACAUCCGAGAACAACGGAGUGCAACAAACGCUUCAAGUAAAAUCCGCCAUAGUACCCGCGCCCAAGACGCCUACGAGCCAGCUUCCCCGAGGAACGUCAGAGUUGUCCGAAAUCAUAUCACCUCUCCCGUUGCACCCCGGCCCUCUCGCGUUUCUCCUUUGGCAAUGCCUCAAGUCCCCGUGGUUCAUCCAGCAGAGCAGACAGUAUUUGGAUCCGAAAGAUCUCAACCAGAUCCGGAAUCUAUUCGACCCAACCCUAGCGCGCCGGCAGGUGAGCUAAUGCCUCGAAAGCGGAGAAGGGUACAAGAGAGAGGUCAGGAUUCUCAGACAAGUUCAUACCAAAAGCAACUUGAUGAAUCCUCGACGGCCUACAUCAAACCGGAGCCAGUUUCCCCUCCACCGUUCACUGAUGACCCCCCUGUUCCUGUUCACGGCCAACACCCAGCCCGGCCGGUCUACAUUGACGUUGAAUCUCCACGGUACACCCCCGUUCUCGAAAGGCCCGAAAUCUCAGGUCGCGCCCCGGUGUACGAGGUAGAGCCAUAUCAUGAGGCCGUUGCCGUCCACGGGCCGCCACGAACCAUCUCUCGGGUAAGCAGCAGGCGUCCACUUCGUUCCGACCCAGACCUCCGACGAGUUGCUAGCUUGCAAUAUGCUCGACAGGCAGAUUAUCCGCAAUAUGUGGAUGCUGACCCCCGGGACAUUCAACCUGCUUCCUAUGCAUACGUGGAGAGAAGAGCCCCAGAACAGCCUAGAUACUAUGAGCACGUUCAACCCGUACACGCACCUGGCUCUCAUUACGUCGCCUACGAUGAUUAUCAACGUCCUGUGUACCGUGAUCCUUACUACGAAGAAGCUCCACCACAAGCACAGGUUGCAUCUGCUCCUCAGCGUCGAUUUGUUAUUGACGAACAUGGCAAUGAAUAUGAAAUGAUCCCGUCUCGACGAUCGCAGCCUAUGGCCCCACCUCCGCGUCCAAUCUCCCGAGCCCCACAGCCUAAAGGUGAAAGCUAUGAUGAUCGGGCUUCUCACCGUGCACCCAGUAUUCGCGCUUCAUCAGUUAUUCAAGAUCCGUACGGAGAUCGCCGAUACAUUCAAGAGAUGCCACCACCUGAUCCGGCCUACCGUCGACGUGUGGUCUCGGACUAUGCUCGACCAGUAGCUAGCGAAAGACGAGCCUAUGUGCCCAUGGAAGUUCCCGAAUCCUACUCCCGCGGUGGCAGUAUGCAAGUCCCAGAGUAUCUUCAUCAUCGGCCGGCGUAUGUUGAUGAGUAUGGCCAACCUCAAGAACGAAUGAUCCGCACAGCCAGUGUUCGGCCCGCGUCAGUACGAUACGAAGAACCACGUGAACCUGUUCAGCAUGUGGGGAAUGUACAUCCCAGCGGGCCCAGUCGCGACGUUGGCGCCUACAUGGAAGAAAAUACUUCGGGAAACUACGCUGAGCUGCCUUACAAAUAUGACGCCAAGUACCCUCGGGAACGACCAUACUAA